CGCUUAGAUUCACCACUUUCUAGCUGUGGGCAGACAGGUCUCAAACACAUCAGAAAUGCCUUCUGGUGUGUGCAAGAACAUCAUCAAUGCCCGUCACCUGAAAGACGGUUAUGGGACUGUCAGUAACCCUUUAAGGCAUGACAACCAAGACUUUCAGCAGCUGAAGCAGUACUGUCUCAUCCGGAAGGUGAGGUACAUUGAUGAAAUGUUCCCCCCUGACAGAAGGUCAAUUGGCCAAGGGAUCCUGAGCCCCUCUGAAAUGAAAUGUGUGGAGUGGCUGAGACCAGGGAGAAUAGUUUCCAAUCCAUCUUUUGUUGUUGAUGGAGUCUCCAGGUUUGACUUCGGCCAAGGCGUCGUUGGCAACUGCUGGUUUCUUGCCUCUAUUGGAGCUUUGACAUUCGAGGAUCACAUCUUUGGUCAAGUUGUUCCUCUUGAACAAACAUUUGAUGAGGACUACUGCGGACUGUUUCACUUCAGGUUCUGGAGAUUUGGAAGAUGGGUGGAUGUGGUCAUUGAUGACAAGCUACCAACAAUCAAUGGAAGACUAAUCUUCGUCCGUUCCAAAGACCCAAAUGAAUUCUGGCCUGCUUUGCUGGAGAAAGCCUAUGCCAAAGUGUGUGGCUCCUACUCCGACAUGAAUGCUGGAACUCCUUCUGAGGCUUUGGUGGACUUCACUGGUGGGGUUCACAUUUGCAUCCAGCUGUCAGAACCCCCUCCUAACCUGUGGGAGCUAAUGUGCAGAGCUGGCCAGUCCAAGUCACUGAUGGGUUGCGGUACAGAACAGGGUGAGACAUCUGCCAACACUGUAUUACCAAAUGGACUGGUCCAAGGCCAUGCCUACACAGUCACAGGUGUGACGCAGACGGUGAGCCAAGGGCAGCCGGUAAACCUGGUGCGUUUGUGGAACCCCUGGGGCAAAGGAGAGUGGAAAGGAGACUGGAGUGAUCAGUCACCUCUUUGGCAAACCGUGAGUCCACAAGAUCGAGAAAUGUGCCUCUCAGUGCGGGACGAUGGAGAGUUUUGGAUGACCCUGCAAGACUUCUGUAGGUUCUACUCAGAUCUCGACAUUUGCUGCCUGUGUCCUGACUUCCUUGACGGAAGCUCUUCUUGUCACUGGAACACCUCCUUCUAUGAGGGCAGAUGGGUUGCAGGAACCACUGCUGGAGGCUGCACGAACAACCGCGACAGCUUUUGGACUAAUCCGCAGUAUCGGGUCAAGAUAGACAAGUUAUCCAGCGAGUGUGGUGAGUCUCAGGGGGAAAAAAACAUGCUGGUCUCUCUCAUGCAGAAGCCAGACAAGAGGAACAGACGUCUGGUCCAAAGCCUACACAUUGGUUUCUCUGUAUUUGAGGUAAAUAUUCCGCUUUGUUACAGGGCACACAGGGGGAAGUUCCCAGCCUCUUUCUUUGACAGAAACAGAGCUGUUGCCCAGACUAAAACCUACCUGAAUGCCCGUGAGGUUAUGGAGUUUGUGACGCUGAAGCCUGGUGAAUACCUGAUCGUUCCCUCCACCUUCAAUCCCAAUGAGACGGCCUCCUUCAUCCUGACCAUCCUCUCCAAGGCAGAGACUCAUGUCCAUGAGAAUUCUGGCGGAGACGUCCACAGACAUAUGGAAGUAGAUGUGAACGAUAAGCAUAAUAAAGGUGAAAACAGCGAGGAGGACGACAACAAGAGAUCCCUGUUCCGUCAGUUCUCCGACAAGUACGAAGAAGUGGAUGCUGAGCAGCUCCAGAUGCUCCUAAAUGAAAAUUUGAAAGGACACUUGAAAUCUGGAGGCUUCAGUCUGGAUGCAUGUCGCAGCAUGGUCGCGCUGAUGGAUUCAUCUAUCACUGGCAAACUGAAUUCUGAAGAAUUUGUCAAUCUGUGGAACAUGGUGAACCUAUACAAGGACAUUUUCUCCAAGGCUGAUGUUUCUCAAACAGGAACUCUGUCUCUGAGUGAACUGAGAAAUGCACUCAUGGCCACAGGAAAGAAUGUCAGCGAUGAAAUACUGAAUUUAAUAGCUCUCCGUUAUGGCAGUUCCUCUGGCAACAUUACAAUGGAGAACUUCAUCAGUUUGGCCAUUCGCUUAACCUGCAUGUCCCAAAUCUUCAAGCAACUGUCAAAUCGAACGACCGUGACUCUUCAUGAACCAGAGUGGAUGUAUGUCACCAUGUACACUUAAACUGACAGUGAAGACGAACUGCAAGAUUCGUCAGGAAUAAACACAGAAUGUGUUCGUCUGCAAAUGAGCUGUUAUUGAACAGCAGAGUAUAUAUGGCAUGUACAGAGCAGCAGAAAUGGGGUACUUACUUUGUCUUUGAAAUCCCGGCAACAGGAGGAAAUGGUAACUUUUCUUACCUGUUACUGACAGAACAGCUGUUGUGAGUGUGUAGUCAUCCCAGCUAAGAUUACACUGAAAUGUUACAUUUGUUGCAUAUCUAUCUUUUUUUUUAGUUAAAACUUAUACAGAUCAUUAAUCAUGUGUGUUUCUCAGUAAAUGUCAUACAUAGUUAAAUACUGUAUCUUUUUCAGUCUACUUGUUACUUUCUAUGAUGGCGUGGUUCAUUGCUUUAAGUGGGAUAAUGCAUUUUUGUUUUCACUGUUAGGUGGAAAUAUACUUUUUUUUAGCCAAGUCAGCAGCACAGUGUCUGUUUGUGAGUCACUUAGAUCCACACUGAAAUAUUACUCAGUACUUAAUAUAACAGUAACUAGAUAGAUUAUCAUGUAAUCUGAAACAAACAUUAAUGUCCUGAUAAUUGUGGAGUAUAGCCGGUCUUUCUGAAUUCUACUUUUUAAGUGGGUUUUUAUUUUAGGUGGGACAUUUUUACUCAUUUUGUACUGUACAAAUAAAAAUGUUAUUCAAACA